CGCAUACGUCAAGUCUCAAAAGUCAUGUCGGCUGUCACAUUGCUUUUAUCAGUAGAACAGUAGAAUAUUGAUAAAAACAAGAAAAUAAUUUUUAAACUACAAGUUAUUUCAUAGAAUAAUGAAAUAAAAACGGAAUUGUAACCUACUUUAACACUUUAUAAUCAAUAUUGCAUGUAUUUCGAGUAAAAUAUGGGUUUACUGUCGGACCCUGAGUAUGGUUCUGUGAAAUGGGUUAAGGUUUUGAGAAGAGUACACCGGCCGCUGUGCUUCCUAUGCUAUGUUGCUUCCCUGGUAUGGUUUGUCAUGUUGGGCAACAGGGAGUUCAACAAUGAGACAUAUUUCUCAGAGAACGCGUUGCUUCCCGGCCUGGUUACUAACGAAUUUAAUGGGGAAUAUGCUGCUAAACAGUAUUAUAAUGAGUUUUUGCAGGAAUUAAAGGAUAAAUAUGAAGAUACAGAUGAGAUCCCGGUGCCAUGGCUCGUUGGGAAGAUGUCCCAGCUGCACCUAGAGGUGUACACACAUAACUUCACACUAGACUAUCCUUUGGGAGAGGGUCAGGUGUACAAAGGGACGAACGUGUAUGGCAUCCUGCGAGCGGCGCGCACGUCGUCGCUGGAGGCGCUGGUGGUGACCGCGCCGUACCGCCCGCCAUUCUCGCACCAGAAGGGAACCACAGCCGGCAUCGCGCUCAUGCUUGCCUUUGCGCAGUUUGCUAAACCGCAAAAGUAUUGGGCAAAAGACAUAAUAUUCCUAAUCACGGAGCACGAACAACUAGGAAUGCAGGCAUGGCUAGAAGCUUACCAUGGCUUGCAUAGCGAUACGGAAACAUUCCAAACAAGUCUCGGCAGUUUCUGGAAGCCUGGUACCUCUGGCUUGAACUUUGAGAAGUUUAUACCUGGAUUUAACUUCGGUGCGACGCAUAAGAAGUGUUUAAAUCCUGGAACACUGAAGGGAAGGUCUGGAUCUAUACAAGCGGCUAUUAAUUUGGAGUUGCAUACACCUCAAAUAAAAUACAUUGAGGUGAAAGUGGAAGGUCUGAACGGACAGUUACCCAACUUGGAUCUGGUGAAUUUGGUGCAUAAGUUAUGCGUUAAAUCUGGUAUCCAUCACUCGUACAAGAACAGCUAUUCGUGGAUUCGAACUCGCGACAAGAUGGAGGAGUGGACCAACAACCUGUGGACCAUGCUGGGCAUGGUGUCUACACAACUUGACGGGGUGCCAAACGGCAACCACGGCCUGUUCCAUCGGUUCGGAAUCGAAGCCGUGACCCUGGAGGGCCGCGACGCGUCCGACCCGGCCGGCGCGCCGCCCAAAGUGAACGCUCUCAACACGGCCAACUUCUAUCGCCUCGGGGCCGCGCUUGAGAGCAUACUGCGAUCUCUCAACAACCUACUUGAGAGGUUCCAUCAGAGUUACUUCUUUUAUUUGCUCGCGGCAACAAAUAGGUUUAUUUCUAUAGGUCAAUACAUGCCCAGUUUAUGUCUGCUUUGUGUAGCGAUGUUAUUGCGCGCUUUGUCCUUAUGGGUCAGCAUACAGCAAGAUGUAUGGGAAGAGGACAAACAGACAGACAGACAAGACAAGAAAACAAAGGAAAAACCCAGUGAUUCCGACACAGAAGUACCAGGGGAUGAUGAAACUAAACAACUUGUUGAUAAAAAAAGGAAAGAGACCAAAGACAAACACAGCGAUUCUGAAAGUGAACUACCAGGAGAUGUGAAGCCUAAGGAGGUUGUUAAAGAUGUGAAAAGAAAAAAGAAGGAAGAGGCCAAUUUCAGUGUAGUCAGUAUUGGCGCGAAUUAUUUGUUGGUGCAUUUGAUUGGUUACGCCGUUAUGAACUCGCCAAUUCUUUUCACUUAUAUCGGUGCAAAAUACUUCAGCCAGCCGUCAGAAGUAUCUGUCUACUUUGGUCUACUAGCAGUUUCGAUACUACUUAUUUUAAUUACUCCCUUUUUCCCGCGCAUCCUGCGCAAGGGUCCCAUAACAUACGAGGAGAUGUGUCUUGUGAACAUUCUUCUACUCAUCGAAAUGGCGACACUGUGUCUCACUGUGGGAAUGCACAACUUCCCCCUAGGGUUGGCGAUUGCGGUUCUUUACACUCCUGUUGCCCUGGUAGUUGAAGUGGUUACUAAGCAAGGAGGGAGAAAAAGCUCGAUCCUCGUGGCGCUGAAGUGUCUCCUGUGCCUCACGGCGCAGCCCAUGUUCACGCUGACGUUUGCCAUGGUGCUGUAUAGUCGCGUGCUGUUCCCAGAGGAGGGGUUGAUGGCCAUGAUGGGGAGGGGACGCGACGCCGCCAUGCAGGCCACUAUGUUCUCUGUGGCGGACUCUUUGAUCUACGGUAACUGGCUGUUCAAUAUGACGUCAUCGGUUCUGCUGCCCGCAUGGAUCAUAUUCUGGCAGAUUUUGUGCAAUAAAGUGGACGCUAUGGCGUAGAAAAUAAAUACCUUUCAUCGGAAUAUUUGUGGAUGCUACACAACCUAUAUCCAUCUCUGUCGCACUUGCCGGCGAACGUGGUUAUCUCACGUGCCAUAAUAUAUAUCCGAUGAGUUACCCCCUUAUUCAUAGACGUUAUUUAUUUAAGGACGGAGCAUUGCUGUGAUAACAAGUCUGUUUCUCAGCUUUGUUUAUCUGACAGCCAACUAGAUUAGUUGUAUCUCAAUAUUAGCCAAUCACAACGGCCCUAUGUCUACGCACUGCGAAGGCUGCCAUGCCGUCAGCACUGAGAAACAGACUUGUUAUCACAGCAAUGCUCUGCCCUUAGAUAAAUAACGUCUAUGAAUAAGGGGGGUUAGUGUUUAUGCUCUCCUAGUAUUAUUAUUUAAUACAAAUGAGAUUUUUCACAAUAAAUGAGAUUUAUUUCAUAGUUGUCAUUCCAAAGACUGGAUAAUAAAGUACCAUAAAGA